ACCGCCGCUGACGCCGCAACUGUAAUCUGCUCUUUGCUAAAUGCAAAAUUAAUCCCUUUUUUUUCUACCUAAAAAGAAAGCCCAUUAACAAAAAAUGCCAUAUUAUUUCCAUUAAAAAGUAAAAUGUCGGCCUUGACCAUCCCGAUUCAAAAAUUGGUGGCUGCUUCCACAGCUGCAGCUGCUUCUUCUUCAACUUCAUCGAUUUCUCCACUCAAAUCUCUCCUUUUUAAACCCACUUCCUGUAGGCCUCUCUCCCAUCCCAAACCCACCCCUUUCCGCCUACGUUUCACCGCCUCCGCUACCUCAACUAUGGGUGACGUCGCCGCCAUGGACGCCGUGCAGAGGCGCCUCAUGUUUGAAGACGAAUGCAUAUUGGUUGAUGAGAAUGAUCACGUGGUUGGCCAUGAAUCCAAGUACAAUUGUCAUCUGAUGGAAAAAAUUGAGGCUCUAAAUUUGUUGCACAGAGCUUUCAGUGUCUUCUUGUUUAACUCAAAAUACGAGCUAUUGCUUCAGCAACGAUCUACAACUAAGGUUACUUUUCCGUUGGUGUGGACAAACACCUGCUGCAGUCAUCCACUAUACCGGGAUUCUGAGCUUAUCGAAGAAAAUGCUCUUGGUGUGAGGAAUGCUGCUCAAAGGAAGCUAUUGGAUGAACUUGGCAUCCCUGCUGAAGAUGUCCCAGUCGACCAGUUCGUUCCUUUGGGGCGUAUGCUGUACAAAGCCCCAUCCGAUGGAAAAUGGGGAGAGCAUGAAUUGGAUUAUCUCCUUUUCAUUGUCCGGGAUGUGAGCGUGCAUCCAAAUCCAGACGAAGUUCAGGAUGUGAAAUAUGUGAACCGGGAAGAGCUGAAGGAGCUUCUACGGAAAGCAGAUGCCGGAGAGGGGGGAUUGAAGCUGUCACCGUGGUUCAGGCUAGUGGUCGAUAACUUCUUGUUCAAGUGGUGGGAUCACGUCGAGAAAGGGACGAUAAAUGAAGCAGUUGACAUGAAGACAAUUCACAAGCUGAUUGAGAAAUGAAGUAUUUCUAAUGUCUGAUUUGGUUUGAACUUGUGUUACUUUAUCUUUGAGUUGUUUGAAACUGAUCAAACUUGGUUUCCACUUAGGGGUGUUGUUGAUGCUGAUAAGUCUUUAAAUCGAGUUGAUUUUGGUGUAUUGCAAAAUUGAUUUGGUGGUGUUCUUGAGUUUAGGCAAGGUUCCAAGUUUAGGUAUCUACCUUUGUCUUUGUUUACUGUGGUACUAUGUUUUUGUUGUGACUGAAAUAAAUUUAUUGUCAUAUGUCAAAAGAUUGCUUGCUUCU